GUCUGAUGCCAGUGUGAGCGUCGAGUCUGUGGAGUGAAGAGAACAAGAAUGUGAUUUACAUUCACAUGUUAAGAGCCUACAAUCAGUGCAUGCCACAGUCGACGAAUGAGUGUUGAAGUGUCCAUCAGAAUUAGUGCCGUAAAAUGAAAACAAACUGUAGGGUGAAAUACGCACGUUAAUCACGUUCAGAAGAAGCAGGUAAAUAUAAUCAUGAUCUGACUGCUGUUAAUGAACGUGCACACCCUUAAAUAGGACAGCCGAAUUUAUAAACAGAAAAACGUUGGUGGGCGGAGAAAAAGAGAGUGAACUGCAUACCGCACGGGCGAGGACCCACCCAAGACGCCCGUGUUGUGCAAAGGCAGGGUGUUCAUGGGAUGGCCGAGCGAUCUCGCGGGCUGAGGCGGAGCGAGGCCAGGGGGACACCGCGCCCCUCGCACGGGACCAGCCAGCCUGCAAGCAACAAGUGAGAGAAACUCAGGACUAACGCCCGGAGGCCCGCUGUGCUCGGCGAUCCUUGGCCACCCUUGCCCCGCCGGCGUCAGGAAGAUGUCGGGGCCCUCGGGCGGCGUCCUCGCCGUGGGACACCCCGCGACCGCGCCGGCAGGCAGAGGCUCCAAGGGCGCCCUUGGCGAGGGCGGAAGGCGGGGGAGCGGCGACGACCCGCACAGAGACGGGGGAGGAGGGCGGGUGCAGGAGGGGGAGGCCCCCCGGCAGAACGACGCGAGCAGCGUGUACACCAGCAGCAGUUACGCCGCCAGCAGAGGCCUCCGUCGCCCCUCAGCAGGCAGGACAGCGGCCAGCCCUCCCCAGGUGGCGCAUCCCGUGCCGCCGCCCAGAUCCAAGGGCGCUCUGUCCAGCGUCCCUGGAGUCGCCGCGCCGGGCAUCAUGAAGUCCUCCUCGGAGAUCUUCAUUUCCUCGACGGCGCUUCCUCCUACCAAGGGCAUCCUCAAGUCCUCCUCGGGUGUCUUCCGCCCCGCCGCGCCGGGAGCGCCCUUGUCGCGCUCCGCGUCGGGGGGCGUGGUGACGUCGACGGCCCGGGUCAACUUCAGCAGCACCGUCAGUCACAUAGAAAGCUCUCCCCCGACCUCCCCGACGGAGCCGCCCUUCGGUCCCGGCGGGUGGACGGCAGGCAGGCAGACCGGGGAGUGUGAUUCGGCGCAGAAGCCGCAACUUCUUCCGCAGCAGAGGGACGGCCCUCAGGUGAAAGAAGGCCAGUUUUCGCAGCAGCAUCGAUUGGCUGUGAAAAUCUCAGAAAAUCAGCUUCAGCAGCAGAAGUUGCAGAGGCAGAAGGAGCUUGAGAAGAAUGAGAGUAAGGGCACACAGCACAUCAAGCUCCAGCAACAGUGGGAUGCAGAGGCGUUGGAGGCAAAGAAGCUCCGGCAACAUCAGCUGCAGCGAGAAGCGGACGAACAUGAGGCUCUGAAGCAGCAGCUGAAACUGAAGCAGCAGCAACAGCUACAAAAGUCAGCUCACAUUGAUAUUCCUGAAACAAAACAGCGACGAGAGGAGGUAUAUUUCGUUGAUCAGCACAGUCAGCAGCUGAUACGCGCUGGUUCCCUUGGGAGCGGAGAACCGGCAGCUAUCUUGCAGCAGCGGCGGAGUCGCUCUCCUCUGCCGUCGCCGACGCCGGCUCGAAGCCAGGCUGUGGGCAGCGAAAGGCCUGUGGUCCCCCCCAUCAUCCACGCUUCCAACAGGGAGGCGACCGUCAAGGCUCCCGAGGAACGCAAGAAUAGCCUCACCAAUAACUCCCUGCCCCCCGGACUAGCACAGUUCGAGCGCAACAAGAAGCUCGAGAAGAGCUCCAGCAGCCCUGCAAUCCGAACCAAUGAAAGCAUAGACGUUGCACGGGGUCCGCCGACCACCAUCUUACAGCACACGGGCUCGGCAGCCGUCGACGCCCGGACCGGAGUAAUAAGGGCCGCUGCGAAGGCCUACACGGAAAACUUCCAGUCGUAUUCAUAUUCCAGCUACCUCACCAAGAACAGGAAGGAUUCGGCCUCCGCCAAGGAUGCCCCUGUGAUUAAGGACAGUCUUGAGAGUCAGACUGAAGGAAAGGCAUGUCCCCCAGCAUCUAGUCCUCAGGAGGGAAACAAUUCAAAGCCAUCAAGUCAAGUACAGCCUCCAGCGCCCGCGCAGAGUCCAAGUGGCCGGCCUCUCUCAAGGAGCACCGAAGGGAAGAUAAUUGUUCCUCUCACCUCGUUCACGCCUGGCAAAACCCCGGAGGCAGUCGCAGCCAGUGAAAAAAGCUUCGGCAAGGCCCCGAUAACAGGCGACAAAGACUGUAUUAUACCAAAGCCGGCAAAGCCGGAGGCAGCCAAAGGAGGGCCAGCAUCUGCAGUAGUCAAGCCCCCCGGACAGGCAGUCGAACAGCUGCCAUCCAAGAGCCAGACCCAGAAGGAGCAGGCAACCAGUGCCCCGCAACUGCAGCAGCAGCCGCAGACGCGAGGACAGCCCCUGCAGAAGGGCCCCGUCUCUUCUGCCAGCAGCGCAGCUCUUCGCAACACACCGGCCCCCGCCGUCCCCCCCGCGAAGAAACUCCCGAAAACCCUUCCCCCCCUUCUCUCCGGCUUUAAGUUCCCCCUGACAGGCGACAGGAUGAAGGGCAGCAGCGAAGGGACGCUUCUGAUGGCCUGCCGGGUCGCAGAAGAGGACCAAAUCGUGAAGCUCCUGAAGGAGCUAACAGCCACGAGUGCCCUUGACGCCACGGCGCUCAACCAGGCGGAUCGCUCAGGCAGAACCUCGCUGAGCUACUGCUGCGCCAACGCGUACCUCCGCGUGGUGGAGACCCUUACCUCCAUGCCCGGCAUCGACAUCAACAAGCCCGACACGGAUGGCAACACGCCGCUACACUUCGCCGCGCAAGCAGGCCACACGGAGGUGGUGUCGCACCUGGUCAACAAGUGCAACCGCAGCGUGGACCUGGACGCCCGAAACGCCCUCGGCUUCACGCCCCUCAUGAAGGCGGCGCUGCAGGGAAGGACCAAGAUAGCCAAGAUCCUUCUGUUUGCAGGCGCGUCUCCCCACCUGCGGGACUUCGGGCGUGGGCUGUGCGCGGUGGAGUGGGCGCGGUACACGGGGCGCCACGUGUGCUCCGAGCUGAUCGACAGCGUGCAGAAGUCGUGCUCCAGCCACAUCCGGGACCGGUGGACGAGCGACCCCGACCUCAAGUCCCACUCGAGCUCGUCCCUCAACGCCCUGGGGCAGCCCGACAACAAGGAGUCGUGGAUCAAGCAUAAGAUCAAGAAGGCUUUCCACAAGUCGGAGUCGAAGAAGGAGUUCAGCGUCGUGACCAACCUGUCCACCAUGGCGGUGUGCGCUACGUCGCCGCUGCUGCCCACCGCCGUAUCCUCUCAGGACCUCAAGCCCCACCAGGUGGUCGUGCCGCACGUCCAGGUCACGGAGGUUAAGGUGCCGGACUGCUACGAAGACCCCGAGGACGCCCUUAGCAGACUGCCGCCGUCGCCGCCGCCUCCGCUGCCUGCAGAGGAAGCCGCAUCCACCACUAAGUCCUCCAAGAAAUCCUCCAAGUCAGCCUCCGCCUCCGGGUCGUCCUCCACCGCGAAAAGCCCCUCCUCGCCUUCGUCGGCGACCCCUGCCGCAGGCUCUUCGGCAGCGGAGGGGGCGGCGCCUCCCGAGGAAGCCGCGAAGGAGGCGCCGACGGACAGCAAGACCAACGGGACGGCGAAGACGAUCGUAUCUUCGAGUAAACUCCCUUUCUCGAGUACCAAAAAGAGAAAGUAAAUUGGUUUUUCUACUCUUUAACACUAGUUUAGUCAGGGAUUAAGAAGAAUAUUCUCACAGGCUGCCUUGCGGCCCAUCCCGCUGCCUCUCAGCAGCGCCCCGCGGGAGUGAGCGUCGCACGACUCCUCAGAUUUCUCAUCGUGACCCGACACUUCUCGUGAUAAUAUGACAGAAAGAGAUGUGCCAGCAGCCUUUGCGACACGCCCCCCCCCCUUAUGUCGUGCAUGCGACUUAACGACUCGGACGUAGGGACAACCUCUUCCCUGAUAUCCUCAUAGGACAUGAUAUAUAUAUACACUUUAAUUUAAGUUCGUUCUUCUCUAUAGUGGUGUUUAUACAAACUUUUUUCCUUGUUAUUUUUGGACUUGCCUCAUCGGAGUUUAUGUCGUUAUGUCUAAGUCUCUUUGGCAUGAGUUUGGAUAUAAUUGUAUUUUCCAUAAUAUAUACCCCUUGAGAUAAAUAAUAUUUAUAAUAUACCGACUAUACAUUAAUGUAUGAAAAGAUAAGGAUGUCUCCUUUUAAAGCAGUUGAAUCUGCAAUAUCACGCAUUUCCAACCUCUAUAAUAAGUGAAUUUAAAGUAAAUAGUUUUGGGAAAUAUUACCUUCAUAAAAAAAACGUCGAUUUUAUGCGAAGACAACAUAACUAUUCGCCAAACGUUCAAUUAAGUUAUAAUAGUCAGUGCUGAACUAUGCCUGACCGUUUUCUGUGGAAGGUUUGGUACUUACCCAUUUUCUGAAAUAAGCUUUUCCAUUUUCUAAUUCCGAGCUAAAACUCCUCGUCAUGUCGAAUAUAUUUACCGGUUCACGACCAGGCGUAUUCUACUAACUUCGUAUCUCAGCCUCGUUGUAUAUAGGAAUGAAGAUCGUUAUAUGUUUGUCAGAAUGUAUUUAACUCCGCAUAGCUAUAUAUCUAUAGGUUAUAAACAUAUGACCAAAUACAUCAGACUGGUUGAUGCUCUAGUCCACGUGGUACUAACUCUCUUUUCCUUUAUUAACGUUCUGGAUAUUUUAUAUGUAUACAGAUAUAUAUAUAUAUGUACUCUUAAGAAUGUGAAUAUAAUAGAAGCAAUACCGUGUCUUCAAGAAAGGUUUAAAAAGUGAAAGAAAUUCUCCCUCGAUCCCUUUUGGUCAGCGCAUAGUCAGUCUGUUUUGUGUUGCUUGUCUUUCCCUUUCUUUUCUUGCUUUCUCUUUUUCCUUUCUUUUCUUUAAGGAUAUAAAAAAUAGUCUAGUAUUUAUUUUCUUAUUUACUAUUUUUUUUUAUCUCUCUCUCUCUUUCUCCUCUUCGUAUUCUUGUUUAGAACCUUUUGUUUGCAAUCAGGAUAUGCACAUUUUACUGAAAUCGGAAAAAUCUGGACUAAAAAUAUCGAAUUUUGCGCAUCGUAGCCCCCAAACACGACGUACUUGCGAUGAACCCCCUCCCUAUAUGACCCAAACACACAGGUGAUUGAACCCGUACUUAAACAACUUCACACGUGUAUAUCUCCCCAACUUUAAACAGAACUCGACUCCUGAGGUUGUGGCAUGUUACUUCACUGCUCGGAAUACAGAGGUUUUGCUUUGAAAUUGUGGAUGGGGCAGAAGCCUUUUGUGUUCUGCUAUAGACAGUUUGUGGCAAAGAUGGGUAUGAUAUUUGAUCUAUGCUGCGUUGGCAAGGCUUGUGUGAUAAAAGAGAGGGUAUAGUUUGUGAAAAAAGUAUGUAGAAGUGAGGCGCAAAUAUUUUGCAAAAGGUACCCUACUUUCUGAAAAAAACUCUAGGAAUGUCUUAACUAAUACUAAACGUGUACUUGACAUGUUGCGUUAAUGAAAAGGAGACGAAGUAAUAUUACCUACAAGAAAGCGAGUCACACUGUUAUCACCUCACUCACCUUACCUUUGGCCUUAUAUGCGGCGCAGACGUGAAAUUUCUUCAUCGGAAAAUAUAUUUCAUCGGUGAAAAAAACCCAAGCGCUUCCAUGAUUUGUAAGACGUGCCUGUUUCAUGGGCCAAUUUCCCCCCCACAGAUUUUUACCUAAUAAUAGUAGGAAAAAGGCGCCGAUCAUUUAGUAUGGUAGACCUCCCCCUCCCCCCCCCACAGGACCUCUUAGUUUGAUCAUGUAUAUAGAGAAUUUCCACCCAAUUACAUGUUUGAACAUUUAGCCAGAACUGUGAACCGAUACAAAGUAGAUUCAAGUUUUAGACUGGAAUAAAUAGGUAUCAAGUCUAAGGUAUUUUGUGCCGAAGACUUUAGGCAAACAGACGUGAGCAAUUUUCCGACUGUACAGACCUUUGAACACUGGUACAAUAAGACACAAAGACAUGUGGCUGUGAUUGCCGUGAUGCGGGCCUAGACAUAUCACCGAACAUUAGGUUCUGCUCCAACGAGGCUUUGUAAUUUGGUCUUUUGGUCUUACGUUGACAGGAGUUGCAGCGCAGUCAUGAUAGCUUGGUUCUCUCGCGGUCCUCGGAGACUGGUCAUCAAGGUACUUGGUUUGUUCUUAUGAUACCAAUGUGUAAUGCCUUACUGAAGUGAUUACGUAUA